UUCUUCCUUGCCCGUUCCUUCACACACUCGCUCAUCCCAACCACUGACUUCCGGUCUGCUCGGCUGGCUAGGUGGGGGGCGAGGAGGCUUGCGCUCCCCCUCCCUACUCCCCCACCGUUGCAGAUACCUCCCCUUUAUAUAAAUAUAUAUACAUUCCUCUUAUCUGUUACAGGUGGGAGAAAAAAGCCAGAUAGGCACGGCUACAAAAGAGAGUUCCCCCUCCCUUAUUUGCCCCAAGCCCCGCCCCCUGGGCUACAGACCCGCCCUAGAAGCCCCCUACUCCUCAAGCCCCGCCCCUCAGAGCUUGGGACCCCCUCCCCCCAUAUCUCAUUCAAGUAUCUCCUUCUCCCCUUAAUCUUCCUUGGUUUGUCAAUCAUGAUCCCCCCAAAUUAGGAACUGAAGGGAUCCCCCCUCCCAAAAUAUAGAUUGACAAGAAAGGGAGACUUAAAACAUCCCCCCACCAAAAUAGUGGUCCCCUUAAAAAGUGAGGUGUAGCUAUAGGCACACAUCUCUAAAGGUGGGAAAAGGCAGGGGGCUUAAGGAGGAGGGACCCCCCCCUCACCCUCCCACCCCAUAGGGGAGCCACUGAGGACACUGCAAAGGGGGGUGAGUGGGGGCUUCCCAAAUGAUCUCACCCCCCUCCUCCCACCACUGGUGAAGCGAGUGUUGUGAGAGGGCAAGGGGGGGCAUCUCUCUCGUCCCAGCCUGCUAUGGAGAUGCAGAAAGGCAAAGGGGCAGCAGCAGCAGCAGGAGCUACAGCAGGUGGAGGAGGGAAAUUGCUGAUCUACACCAGCUUGGAUGCCAAGGAUGAGUUAGAGGAGAGGCUCGAGAGAUGCAUGGGAAUCGUGACAGCCCUGACGGGCGGCGUCUCGGAGAGGGAAGCCAACGAUGCCCUGAAUGCCUACGUGUGCAAAGGAAAUCCCCAGCACGAGGAGGUCUCCUUAGGACUCUUCACCAUGAUGCUCACCGAGCCCGCCCAAGCUCAGAAGUGUUACCGGGAUCUGACGCUAGUGAGCCGAGACGGAUUGAGUGGCUUGUUGGCCAAGAUGAACCAGAUGGUAAUGGACAAAUACAUGAAGCUGCAGGACACGGCUCGGAUUCAGUUUGUUUGGCUGGUGCGGGAGAUGGUCAGGAGUGGCGUCCUUGGCAGCGACGGCAUCUGCAUGACCUUCAUGAAGCAGAUAGCAGGUGAGCAUGUGACUGCAAAGAACAUUCACAGCUGGCGGAAACAUCCCUUGGACAUUCUUAUAUAGGAGCAGGAAUGGGUGCUGAAGAGCUCGAUUCUGAUAGCCAUGUCUGUUUACACGUUCCUGCGCCUCAUCGUGGACCACCACGGCUCCCCGCCGCUGCAGGCCCUGCGGCAGAAGGAGGUGGAUUUCUGCAUCUCUCUUCUCCGGGACCGGUUCAUGGAUUGCGCUGUGAUUGGCCGAGACCUGGUGAGGCUCCUGCAGAACGUUGCUAGGAUACCUGAAUUUGAGCAGCUCUGGAAAGACAUUAUCCACAACCCUCAGGCACUGAGCCCGCAGUUCACAGGCAUCUUGCAGCUCCUACAGUCGCGGACGUCACGAAAGUUCCUGGCAUUCCGCCUGACGCCAGACAUGGAGACCAAGCUGCUCUUCAUGACCUCUCGGGUGCGCUUUGGCCAGCAGAAGAGGUACCAGGACUGGUUCCAGCGGCAGUAUCUGUCCACCCCGGACAGCCAGUCCCUGCGCUGCGACCUCAUCCGCUACAUUUGCGGCGUGGUCCACCCAUCCAAUGAGGUGCUGAGCUCCGACAUCCUCCCUCGCUGGGCCAUCAUCGGCUGGCUGCUCACCACCUGCACGUCCAACGUCGCUGCUUCGAACGCCAAGCUGGCCUUGUUCUACGACUGGCUGUUCUUCAACCCCGAGAAAAACAGCAUCAUGAACAUCGAACCAGCCAUUCUAGUCAUGCACCACUCCAUGAAACAACACCCGGCCAUCACUGCGACCCUGCUGGAUUUCAUGUGUCGGAUUAUUCCUAACUUCUGCCCUGCCCUGGAAGUCCACGUCCAGCACUUGAGGAUUGUCUUCAACUCCCUCACCCAUAUUGUGGAGAAGCGAGUUCUUUCGCACCUGGCGCCUCUCUUCGACAACCCAAAGCUGGACAAGGAGCUCCGGGCCAUGCUGAGGGAGAAAUUCCCCGAGUUCUGCAGUUCGCCCUCUCCGCCGGUUGAAGUAAAAAUUGAGGAGCCGGUUUCCAUAGAGAUGGACAAUCACAUGUCUGACAAAGACGACAGUUAUCUGAAUAGCAAAGGGAAAAAGAGAGAGUUCCGAUUCCACCCCAUCAAAGACGCCGUCGUGGAAGAGCCGGUGGACAUCACGCCUUUCCUGGACCAAUUGGACGAGUCGCUGAAGGAUAAAGUCCUGCUGCUGCAGAAGGGGAGUGAUACUGAGGCUCAAUGUGAGGUCAUGCAGGAAAUCGUGGAUCAAGUUCUGGAGGAGGAUUUUGACCAGGAGCAGCUGUCGGUCCUCGCGUCCUGUCUGCAGGAGCUCUUCAAGGCUCACUUCCGUGGGGAGGUGCUACCGGAAGAGAUCGCUGAAGAGUCUCUGGAGGAAUCUGUGGGGAAGCCGCUUUACCUAAUAUUUAGGAACCUCUGUCAGAUGCAAGAGGACAACAGUGGUUUCUCGGUGCUGCUGGAUCUUUUGUCUGAGCUGUAUCAGAAGCAGCCCAAGAUUGGCUACCACCUUCUCUACUACUUAAAAGCCAGCAAAGCUGCAGCCGGGAAGAUGAACCUGUACGAGUCCUUUGCCCAGGCCACGCAGCUGGGCGACCUCCACACUUGCCUGAUGAUGGACAUGAAAGCUUGCCAAGAGGACGACGUCCGGCUGCUCUGCUACCUCACGCCUUCCAUAUACACGGAGUUUCCAGAUGAGACCCUGCGGAGCGGUGAGCUGUUGAACAUGAUCGUGGCCGUCAUCGACUCAGCUCAGCUUCAGGAGCUCGUGUGCCACGUGAUGAUGGGCAACCUGGUGAUGUUCCGGAAAGACUCGGUCCUGAACAUUCUGAUUCAGAGCUUGGACUGGGAGACCUUUGAGCAGUACUGCACGUGGCAGCUCUUUCUGGCGCACAACAUCCCGCUGGAGACCAUCAUCCAAAUCUUGCAGCAUCUCAAGUACAAAGAACACCCCGAGGCGCUUUCCUGCCUGUUGCUCCAGCUGAGACGCGAAAAGCCCAGCGAAGAGAUGGUGAAGAUGGUGCUGAGCCGACCGUGCCACCCGGACGACCAGUUCACCACCAGCAUCCUGCGCCACUGGUGCAUCAAGCACGACGACCUCUUGGCCGAGCACAUCAAGUCCCUCCUGAUCAAGAACAACAGCCUGCCCCGGAAACGCCAAAGCCUGCGGAGUUCCAGCAGCAAAUUAGCCCAGCUGACUCUGGAGCAGAUCUUGGAGCACCUGGACAACCUGCGCCUGAACCUCACCAAUACCAAACAGAACUUUUUCAGCCAAACCCCGAUCCUCCAAGCACUGCAGCACGUCCAAGCCAGCUGUGACGAGGCCCACAAGAUGAAGUUCAGCGACCUCUUCUCUCUGGCGGAGGAAUACGAAGACUCCUCCAGCAAGCCUCCGAAGAGCCGACGGAAAGCCACCAUCUCCAGCCCUCGCAGCCGCAAGAAUGCGGCCCAGCCGGCCAACAAUGAAGAGGAGUCUGCGUCCAGCAGUGCCUCAGAGGAGGAAGACACCAAACCGAAGCCGACGAAACGGAAGAGGAAAGGCUCCUCAGCAGUGGGCUCAGACAGUGACUGAGGUGGGAUUGGAGCCUCGGCAGCACCGCUUGCCCGCCUGCCUCCCAUCUGCCUCGUCGCUGGCAGCUCCCAGGGCGACAGUGACGGUAGUAGAGAGCGGGUCCGGAGCAACUGGACGGACGCCACCAGCAGCAAGGAAACACCCGAGAGACGCAUCUGUGCCCACUCACCCUCAAUCGCUCAGAAAGACUUGGAUGCUCCGACUGUCCCUUUCCUCAGCAGUGCCACCUUCGCCCCUCCUCCUGCCCCACUUUAGCCACGCUCCACACCAAGAAUCAUCCGCCUCCUCGCUGAUCUGUCUAGCGGAUCCGGAGACGCCGGUCGCCCCUGCCAGGGAAUCGGUAAUCGGAAACUGCACCAAGCCGGAAGGAAACUGGGCCCACCUCUUACCCACCUCUCUGCACCACAAAAAGCAAAUAAAGGGCGUGAACCGGAUUUCUGCUCCGUCAGUGCUUCUGGCUAAGGAGACUCGUGAGCAGGGAUUGGGGGAGAGGGCUUGUCUCUUCCCAGCGUCCCAGCAGAGACAUGGUUUUCAAACUUCUCACGUUUCUCCCCACUCCCUAAAAAAAGGGGAGGCGAAGUUCCUAUUUUCUCCUUGCAGUGAGUCACCGUUGGAGCCGCGGUCAUUCCCACCUUCUCCCCCACCCCAGGCCAGAAUUGCUAUGGUUUCCUCACCGUUCAAGGGGGUUGCCGACUGGUCGAGUGCAAGCUACCCUCUCCCGCCCCCCACCCCGUCCCCUGCCUUCAACCCCCCGUGUCAGCCGCAACCCCCAGGGCUGUCGCCACGGAGGACGAGCGCCGAAGCCCCCCAGCCCGGCUUCAAAAAGAACAUCCCGUCUUCCCGUGGCGCCCAGCUGGGAGGGACUUGCGGUGGUGGUCAGUUCUCAGAGCAGCCGGCCAGAAAGACAAGACGGCAGUUAUAUUUUUAAUUCCCCAUCUACCCACUGAGAGAUUAUCAUUUUUAAGUGGUUUUUAAAGAGAUAAUAAAAACUGUCGACCUGUUUUGUACAAGCCA